GUGGUAAUUGAUUGGACUAGCAGUGUGGUCAUUGGUGGUCUUCUUAUCGUGUAGAUAAUUUAUGGUUCACUCAGUUCACUGGAUAAGCGAAACCGAGUAGUAAGGUUGGAAGACAGCAUUUUGUUGGCUUUGCAGAAGCAUCCACGUGGCAAGAGGACUCUUUUUCUAUUUCCCUCCCUACCGGUAGUGCAGGGGCUGCAACAAUGGCAGCUUCUAUAGGUGGGCGGUUUACAAGGGAUUGGCAGGCAUCCAUACACAGAGAUGUGAAGUCUUUGCCAAGCAGGGAAUUAGGAAGUGUGCAACACAGAGAUCACAGGGAGGUUAUUGGUGUGAAGGAUGUGCAACUGCCGCCACUGCCCAUGGCCCCCAUCUUGGGAGAAACAGGUACUAGUACUGCAACCCACAAAGAAUCAUCCUGGCUGUUGCUCAAGCAACUGAUACAGCUCUCGAAGAAUGUGUCAAAGACUGCGGAAACUGCAAGAAGUCACAAGAAGUUUUGUUUGACACUCACGAGGCGCAUCAAGAAUAUUGUUCCUCUUCUCGAGGAGCUAAGGGACGUGCCGUCCCCGCUUCCGCACAGUGCACAGUCAGCACUCAAGGCCAUGGAGACUGUCUUCCGGAAGUCGAAGACGCUGGUGGAGGAGUGCCGGGAUGGAAGCAGGUUGUAUAUGAUUCUGAAAAGUGAAUCAGUCGUGCUCAGGUUUCAUGAGCUUACUGCAGAGCUUUGUCGCCACCUGGAAGAGUUACCAUUGCAUAUGCUGGACAUUUCAGACGAAACCAAGGAGCAGGUUGGGCUUGUGCGUGCCCAAUUGAAGCGAGCAAGGAGUGUUGUCGACGUGAAAGACGCGGUACUUUUUUCUGAACUUAAAAAUGCUGCUGAGUGUCACCAGAAGGGCCUUGGAGUUGACAUGGGCAAAAUGAAGGAAAUUCUGAGGUUGCUUGACCUGAGCACAUGUUCAGCGAUUGAGGCUGAAAGAAAGGUUAUUGAGAAACAUCUGCCAUCUCUGUCUCCAGGGAAGGAGGAGGAAGAAGUUGGAGCUGUGAUGGGCCUGUUGGAGAACGUGGCACUCUGUGUGAAUUAUGAUAUGGAUGCCCCUCCUGUCAUGACUGCGUCUUCAUCUGCGCCAUCAUCGUCAUCCUCAACAGCGGUGGUACUGGUUCAGCAAAGAAAGCUACCUCCAGUUCCUCCAGAUGACUACAAGUGCCCGAUCUCGUUGGAGUUGAUGAGGGACCCAGUUAUCAUUGCAACAGGGCAGACAUUUGAGAGAGCAUGCAUUCAAAAAUGGCUAAAUUCGGGGCAUCGGACAUGCCCCAAGACCCAGCAGGUCCUUUCCCAUAUUGUAGUGAUACCGAACUUUGUUCUUAAGAGUCUGAUCAUGGCCUGGUGUGAGGGAAAUGGCGUGGACUUCCCUGAUAAACCGGGAGCACAAAAUCCAGGCAGGUCGGGUCGGAAUUCUGCAGAGAAUGGAGAAAUUACUGGCGACCGAUCUUUGGUCGAUGGUCUGCUGCAGAAACUUGUUUCUGGCACGACCGAGAACAAACGACAAGCAGCCGAAGAACUUAGGCUGCUCGCAAAGAGGAGCAUGGAGAAUAGGGUCUGCAUUGCACAGGCUGGUGCCAUUCCGCUCCUCGUCCAUCUUCUUAGCUCGUCAGACCCGAAAACACAGGAGCAUGCAGUCACUGCCCUGCUCAAUCUCUCUAUUAAUGAAAGCAACAAGACAGCAAUUAUGGCAGCCGGUGCAGUGCCUCCUAUUGUGGAGGUACUGAAGUCAGGAAGCAUGGAAGCCAGGGAAAAUGCUGCAGCGACGUUGUUCAGUCUUUCUGUCGGYGAUGAUAAUAAGAUCACAAUUGGGGCUUCUGGUGCUAUCCCGGCUCUYGUGGAUCUKCUGCAAGAGGGCGUCUCRCGUGGRAAGAAAGAUGCCGCUACAGCGCUUUUCAACCUUUCCAUCUACCAGGGAAACAAGACCCGAGCCAUCAGAGCUGGGAUCAUCCCACCUCUGAUGCAAUUGCUCGCUGACAGGACCACUGGAAUGGUUGAUGAGGCCCUUGCGAUGCUGGCUAUUCUUGUGACUGCCCCUGAAGGACGCUCAGCAAUAGGUCAUACGAUUGCAGUGCCCAUUCUUGUCGACCUCCUUGGAACAGGCUCGCCGAGAAACAAGGAGAAUGCUGCAGCGGUACUGCUCGCCCUUUGCCAGAGCAAUACAGAACAUGCAGAAACAGCAAUAAAGCUUGGAGCGAUCUUGCCACUCACUGCUUUGCUUCAGUCAGGAAUGCCACGUGCGAGGCGCAAGGCGAACUUGUUGCUUGGCCACCUUCAGGCCUCUGGUGCGAACCAUGCUGUAGAGCAGCGGGCCAGAUUCAGGUUGUUCUCCUCAUCAUUGGGAGGCGAUGCUGCUGUGAUUGUGGAGGGAGCAGUCGAAGCACAAGCUGCUGGGGAUGCCGUGAUCGGGAGAUGCAUUCUGAAGGUGGUGGUGGGAGUAUGAGGGAGGAUGUUCACAGACACUCCCCCUGAACUGCUGGUUAACUCUCAUCGGCGGGCGAUUCACAGACACUCCCUGAAGUUGUCCAUUGCCAGUGAUUCUGAAGUUAGCGUGCAAAGUGCAACCUCACAGAGCUGUUAAAGCAAUAUGCAUAGAUGCUGGCAUGCUGCGAGUGAAAGGGAUAUCGUCGUCAGCAGAGGACGUGAAGGGUGAGGAGAGUUGUCGUGUGUCUCGGGUCAUCUCCUGUCUUCAAAGCGGAGCAUAAUAAUGGCGGAGAAGUGACAGGUGUUAUCUCAAGGUAACAGGACAUUCCAAUAAGUCCUCAGGGUGGAGAAAGAGCCUGGAGGACUGUAGGUGAUGAUGUGUUUAGCUUGCUGCAGGUGUGGCUGUGCUGAUAUGUUUUAUUGAUCUUGUGAAAAAGUUUGACAGUGAAUUUGUGAGAAGUUGAGCGACACUUAACAAUAAGUAUGCCCGUUAAAGUUUGACGGAGACACUUUCAGGUUUUUUCCUGUAUUCGGUCCGCACAGGGUUUUCGCUUUAUGUGCAGAGCUGAAGUUCUGCAUUUAUUUCGUCGUUGCAAAUGGGACUUUUGUGUGUAUGGCAUAUUUCUGUGCAUGUGCGUUGCUGACCGUA